AAACGCGGGCCCACGAUAUUCUUUCAAUAGCCUUUGUCGCUUAGCGGCCAGUUGCUGGAGUUCAGCUGUGUGCGUGAAGAUGACUUGUCAGCUUGGAGAUGCCGACUAGCAUUGUCUUGUGGAUGGCCUCCAUUCUUGACACUUGAUUAGGUAUAAAUAUCAUGAUAUUUCCUAACUCUCUGCUGUUUUAUCUUCACCAAGUUUGAACUGUCAUCAAACAUCCUCCAAAGCAUUCAUCAUCCGUACAACGAACAAUCUCAAUCUCAAUCUCAAUUACUCGCAAUGCAGCUUUCGUCUUUCCUCCUCUCCGCGGCUGCCUUUGGCUCGGCUCUGGCUGCAACCAUUCAGCUCCCCGAACUUGCUGAUGGAAGCUACAUCAUCAGCCUCGACGGAGAGGGCAAGCCAACUUGGACCGACAUCACUGUCAACACCACCGGCUCUGCCCCGCCCACUCCUUCGAAGCGUGACGCGUCCAGUAACAGCUUCCGCGUCAGCAAGCGGUUCAACUGGCCUUCUGGAACUUACCCGUGGUGUCCCGGUGGGGACUGGUUCUUGCAGAACGACUUUUACCAGCACUCAUACAACGCAUUCUAUGAUCAGUGCUACGCGAAUGGCAAUCACAAGUUCCCUAAAGGUACUGUCUUUGCGAACUACCAAGGGUCCGCCGUCUCGUACAUGUGCGCAUACACCGCGAACCCGUGCAGCACUGAUGAAUGGGCUGAUGCCGUUGGCUGGGCGUCAGGCAACUGCAUUGGCCGCAGCAACGGUUGGAUGGAGCCAGGGUAUCUUCACGUCCCCGGAUGGAACAAGAGAUACGGAUAUGCCAAGUCUGGAGCUUCUAUCUGUUAAAGCGGAAUUACAUCCGUAAUACCCCCCCCCUUGGAAGUCAGAAGAAGGCAACCAACGACCCAUCAAGCGAUAUUGUGAUUCAGCAAGGGUACUUAUCGUUCACUUUUGUGCUUGUUUCGCACAUUUGGGAGACGUUGUAUUGAUUCAGACAUGUGAACGCACCGAGCCUACCGGAUAUGGAUGUCCUGGCAGCAUUAGCCCUACACCUCAAGCCACUAGGAGUCUGUCUAAUCAUGUCAACUGCUGGAGUCAAUCCAUGGUCCAUAUAUACAUAAAUCUUUCCUUUCGACCAAGCUAGAACUCAUUCCACGGAAUGAAGACUAAUAAGAACCUUUUUAUUCAGACACACAUA